CCCUUUUAAGUGGUGCAAAUCUAUGCAUAAAGGUGGAUGGGAUAGAAGUCAAUUAAGACAGUUGCUUCAGGUAACCAGUUGGAGAUUCUUGGCUCAGGAGGAACUAUGUUGGUCUACAUUUGCCUUUUUUGUGGUCUGUUUGCAGUUGCUAUGCCACAGAAUGUGACAACCUUUUUGAAUCAAUUCAAUCAGGAUGCAGAAGGCCUGUAUUAUGAAAGUUCACUUGCCUCGUGGGCCUACAACACCAAUAUUACAGAAGAGAAUGCCAAGAAAAUGAAUGAAGCAGAUGCCAGAUGGUCUGAGUUUUACAAUAAAGCAUCUAACAAUGCCAGUAGGUACACAAUAAAUGAGACUAUGGAUCCUCUUAUCAGACUCCAACUUCAGUCUCUUCAAGACAAAGGAUCAUCAGCAUUACCAGGAGCAAAAUACCAAAGGCUGAACUCUAUUUUAAGUAAGAUGAGCACCCUCUACAGUACUGGGACUGUCUGUAAACCUGGAGAUCCUUUUAACUGUUUACUGCUAGAGCCAGGUUUGGAUGUCAUUAUGGCUAGUGGGACUGAUUAUUCAGAGAAACUCUGGGCUUGGCAAGGUUGGAGAGCAGACGUUGGCAAGAAGAUGAGGCCACUGUAUGAAGAAUAUGUUGAGCUGAAAAAUGAAGCUGCAAGAAGUAAUAAUUAUAAUGACUAUGGAGAUUACUGGAGAGGAAAUUAUGAAACAGAUUUUCCUCCAGAAUAUAGAUUCAGUCGUAACCAGCUCAUUGAUGAUGUAGAACGGACAUUUGAGCAGAUAAAACCUUUAUAUCAACAACUGCAUGCUUACGUAAGGUAUAAGUUGGAACAGGUCUAUGGCUCAGAUCGCAUCAGCAAAACUGGAUGUCUGCCUGCCCAUUUACUUGGUGACAUGUGGGGGAGAUUCUGGACAAAUUUGUAUCCCUUGACAGUUCCCUAUCCAGACAAACCAAACAUUGAUGUAACUCGUACAAUGGUCGAAAAGAACUGGGAUGCUUCAAAAAUAUUUAAAGCAGCUGAGAACUUUUUUGUUUCCAUUGGCCUCCCUCCAAUGACUCCAGGUUUCUGGAACAACUCUAUGCUUACUGAGCCUAAUGACAGAAAGGUGGUUUGCCAUCCUACAGCUUGGGAUAUGGGAAAUAAGGAUUACAGGAUCAAGAUGUGCACCAAAGUGACUAUGGAUGACUUCCUGACAGCACAUCAUGAGAUGGGGCAUAUCGUAUAUGACAUGGCAUACUCCAACCUUACUUUCCUCCUAAGAAGUGGUGCUAAUGAAGGAUUCCAUGAAGCAGUAGGAGAGAUCAUGUCACUUUCUGCAGCUACUCCAGAGCAUUUGAAAUCUAUUGGCCUUCUAGAACCUACUUUUCAGGAAGACAAUGAUACUGACAUCAACUUCCUACUCAAACAAGCCCUCACAAUUGUUGGAACAAUGCCUUUUACUUACAUGCUAGAGAAGUGGAGAUGGAUGGUAUUUCGUGGUGACAUUCCAAAAGAGGAGUGGAUGAAGAAGUGGUGGGACAUGAAAAAAGAAAUAGUUGGUGUGGUUGAACCAGUGCCUCAUGAUGAAACAUACUGUGACCCUGCAGCCCUGUUCCAUGUGGCCAAUGAUUACUCUUUCAUAAGAUAUUACACAAGGACCAUUUAUCAGUUCCAGUUUCAGGAGGCACUCUGCAAAGCUGCUAAACAUACAGGUCCUCUUUAUAAAUGUGACAUUACCAAUUCCACGGCAGCUGGUGACAAAUUGCGGAGCAUGCUUUCCUUGGGGAGAUCACAACCAUGGACCCAGGCAUUAGAAGAUGUGACGGGAGAAAAGACAAUGAAUGCAACACCCUUGCUCCACUACUUUGGGCCCUUAUAUCAGUGGCUGCAAAAGAAUAACGCCAAUAGGCGCAUUGGCUGGGAUACAACCUGGACACCAUAUGCUGCCAAUUCAAUCAAAGUACGGAUCAGUCUGAAAUCAGCACUCAGAGACAAGGCAUACAUAUGGGAUGAAAGUGAGCUUUUUUUGUUCAAGUCAUCGAUUGCCUAUGCCAUGAGAAAGUAUUUCUUAGAGGUCAAGAACGAGACAGUUGACUUCCAGAGCGGAGAUAUCUACGUAGAUUCUGUGACACAAAGAAUCUCCUUCUCUUUCUUUGUCAGCAUGCCUGGACAUAUCAGUAAUGUUGUUUCCAAGUCUGAUGUGGAACAAGCUAUCAGAAUGUCUCGUGGAAGAAUCAGUGAGGCUUUCAAACUGGAUGACAACACACUUGAGUUUGAGGGUAUUCUUCCAACACUGACCCCACCAUAUGAACCACCUGUCACCAUAUGGCUAAUAGUGUUUGGAGUAGUCAUAGGCGUUGUAGUAGUUGGAAUCGUUGUCUUGAUUUUCACUGGGCAGAGAGACAAAAAAAAGAAAAAGAAAGAAAAGGCAAAUGAACUGGUAAAAUGUGACCUGAGCCAUCUUUCUUCUGUUAAUGGAGAAAACAAUGCUGGGUUUGAACCAAGUGAAGAUAGACAAACAUCAUUUUAGAAGAUAAUGUGGAUUUUCUAUUUAAGUUUUUAUUUUCAUAUUGGUUUUGACAACACUUCAUGGGAGAGGCCAAAAUAAUACAGAUGUCAUUAAGCAUUAUAAGGCCUGAUAUUUUCAAGAAACUACCCAUACACAGUCUAAGGCAACUAAAUGACUUGUUUGCCAUUUAAGGAUUAAAUAUAUGCUGCACGGAAAUGCAACAUGUAUGUACUUUUUUGCCUCUGUCUGAAUAUUAUUGCAUUACUACUUAUCCAUCAGCUAGCUAUAUUCAGUUUCUUGUUGCUUCUUUUAUAUGUCUAUAUUCCCAAGGGUUUAUAAGUUAGCUGCCUGUGGAUCAAGAACAGAUGUGUAUAAGUAGUAGUUAAUUAUUUUAUAAGACACUGGUACUAUCCAACAGAAAGAAGGAAAAUAAGAAUCUAGCAUGAUGAUCAGCUGGAAAAACACUCUAGUAGUAAGCAGGCAAAUACUUGCAUUUGAAAUAAAAUGACUCUACCUUUUCCCUGGGAAUUAAUGUUAAAUCUGAGGAGAAAUGUAAAGACACACAGGAAAUUAAAAGAAGACAUGACAUGGUAUUAUAACUUGCCCAACUGGCUGGCACAGUAAGUAUGGUAUGGAGACCAAAUAACCAAUAUUCCCUGGAAUCUUUCUUUGGGUUAUGCUGAAAAUGAAACCAACUGUAUGUUUGUGUUUGGGAAUAAACUGGCAAUAAUUUAAUGUUUCAUUACAAAUAUGUAAGAAUUUGCUUCCUUUGUUGGACACAUCAGAAUCUUAUAUGAGUGUUUUAGUUGUAUGGUUAUGAUCUGCAGAUUGACAUUACUUUAUUUCUUUUAUAUAAUAGCUUAUAUUGUUGCAUUAAACUUUCCAUUGGGAUA